ACAACUCGGACAGCUUAUUUCAGGACCCCUGGUGCCAUCUAGUUAUGAUACAGCCUUGAAAUUCGGAUGACAUGUACAGUUUUGCACACCGAUCUUAAAACUGACUAAGUGACCAUGAUUGUGACCUACUGACCUACUUUCUAAUAUUUUAGCAUCAGUUUGCGAUUAUAAAUGUGUGGCUCAUAUUACUCAGGAGAGCGAUUCAGGGUCAUCAUGACCCUCUUGUUUUAUAAUGCAUGUAUUUUCAAGAAAUUUCACAUACCGACAGUUGAAUAGGUACUGCAGCUAAUUAUCGAUUUAUUUUUGGCCGACUCACUGCCAAUGUAACCAUUAUAGCAUAUUUUGCACAUGCAGGGCAUGUGCACCAGUAUGCACAUGUUUAUGAACACUUUGGGCAUUACUGACGAAAUUCCUACUAGAAAAACACACAUCAUAGUGAAAUUGACAUGAGCAACGCGCCCAGGCUGUCAAAAUUUUACAACAAAAUCUGUCACUUCAAUGAAUUGUACAAAAUAAGCCAUCCCAAUAAGCCUAAUGAGUAAGGCUAGGUUUUGCUCAUUUGAUAGAUUUUCACAAGACUGGUAAACACUUGCAAUGUAUGACAUUUGAAAUAUGAGACCAUUUCUAGCAAUUUCCUUAACAAGGUACAUUUUUAGCUCACCUGAGCACAAAGUGCUCUUGGUGAGCUAUUGAAAUCGCUCACUAUCCAGCAUCCGGGCUUCCGUCCUUACACAAUUUCCUUUAAAAUACAUCUCUGAAACCAUUUGGUGGAAGUUGAUGAAACUUGGCUUGGAUGUUCCUUGGGUGGUCCUCUUCCAAAGUUGUGCAAAUGGUUCAGCUUGGUUGCACAUAGGGGCCACCAGCGCUGAAAAAUAGAAAAAUCUUUACACGACAUCUAAACGACAUUUUCCUUGCUUAUUUAUCUUCCAAAACUGUUGAAAGAAGCAGUGUAUCUCAGAAAUGUUUACUCAUGUGUGUGAAAGUAUACCUGGCAACAAAAGAAGAAAGUCAUCCUUUAGUAAAUACGGGAGAGGAUAUCAUGAAAGCAACAGUCGUGAUGACAGUUUGUUUACAUGUGGAGGAUGUCAGACAAAGUUCAGGACAAUUUGUUGCCUCCAUGUUCAUAUAGACAGACAUCAAGAAGGAGGUUCAUAUACAUAUGACCAUGUAACUAAAACAGCUUUCCCCAAAUUUGACUCUGUAUGUGCUUAUACACAAGUGGAGCAGACCAUUUUUGAGUUGAUCACACAAAAUUUACAUGAAUUUGAAAAACCAUCUAAAAGUAUGCAAACAUUUGGUGGAGAAGUAAAAGCAGAUUGCAUUGAAGUUACUCGAAAAUCCAAACGUAUUGCAAAACGUAAACACCAGAAGACCCAAAAUUUUGCAAAACUUGAUGGAAUGGAAACUAAGUUAAAAAGUGCAGUAUCACAAAUCAAAAAUGAUGUUAAGAAUGGAAAGGCUCAUAAGUUAGUAUCAGAAAGAUUGGAAAAUGAAAAUCAAAAGAGAAAAAACACCACUGUUGAAUACAAUACUCGCUUUAAGAAACUUAAAAGACAAAAGCGAGAACCAGAGAACUACUUGUUGAAUAGUGAUUCAGAAUCUAAUACUGGACAAGGUAAAGUGAAUUUAUCAAAACCAGAUGGUGGAAAAGGGAAUCUGGAGUAUAUAAAUAAUACAACAGACACAAGGUUAAAUAAUUUGGAAAACAUCAAUGAGAAAACUGAUGAAAUAACUGCAAGUGAAGCUCUCAUUGCUAUAAGCAAAUCAGCAAAUGGGGAAAAUGCACAAAAUUGCAGUGAUAGUGCUAAACAUAAAUCAAGUAAUAAAAAUGCUGAGAUUUCCAAUGUUAUAUUAGAUAUAACCUCAGUUAGCUCAGAAAAUGAAGGAGAUAAAGAUUGUACAAAUCAGUCAAAUGUUCAUGAUGAUGAAAAAGAUACUGAUAAACAGAAUACUAGGCAAAACGCUGAUAAGCAAAGUGGAGGAGUAGAUGACAAACAGUCUGCUAUAAAUAUCAGCAAAACUUUCAUAUCAGCAGGCCAAGUGAGAAAAAUAUCUCAGAAAGCUACUCCAUAUCCAAAGGAAGAUGAGGAAACUUGUGAAAAACAGGAUAAAUGGUCAUGUCCUACAUGUGGUAAACUUGGUUCACGGGCCAUGCUGUCAUAUCAUAAGUAUCUUCAUAAAGAAGAAAAGGAACUUUCUUGUGAUAAAUGUGGAAAACAGUUUCAGCAUCCAACUUGCCUCAAGGUUCACCUUAGAAGCCAUGAAGAGAAGAUUUACAAAUGUGAAAGAUGUCUAGCUAAGUUUAGCCGGAAGAAGUACCUAGAAACCCACAUGUUUAAGCAUUCUGGGGAGAAACCUUACAUGUGUGAGACUUGUGGGAAAGCCUACAGAGAUGAAAUGCAUCUGAAACGCCAUAUUAGACAUGUUCAUGAUCAGAUACGUAACUUCGAAUGUGACAUAUGCAAGGAACGCUUCUUCCGUGCGGACCACCUCAAGUGUCAUAGAAUGAGACAUUUUGAACCAGGACUAAGAUGUGAAUUUUGCCAUAAAAAGUUCAAAGUUCAAAUAGAUUUGGAUAGGCAUUUGAGGCUUCAUACAGGAGAAAAGAAAUGGUUUUGCCAUCUGUGCAGACAUGGAUUCCGUUACCCGGUUCCGUACUAUAACCAUAUGAAGAAGCAACAUGAUAUAGAAAGGGCAGAAGCCGAAGUUUGGCGAAAGAAAAUGAUUGAAGAGAAAAAAAAGAGUAAUUCGGAAGACUAUAUGACUGAGGUUGCUGUUGCAAGUGUAUCAGAUGUUGUUCAUGGAGGCCAUCUCAGUCAUGUUACAAAAAAUCAGCCAGCUGCUGGGGGCGAAGUGGCAGUGACUAUGAAUAUAUCUGUUAAAAGAAAUGUUGAUCCGUAUGUAUCAAUGUUUAUGAAAAAUUAUGUGCAAAAGGAACAAAUAUGUCCUGGAAAUGAAGCUGCAGGUAGAGUUGCUACAGGGAAUGAUGUUGGAAAACUAUUUCCUGUUGACGUAAAGAGUAGGGUAAUAAAAAGUUUCUCUGACACUGCAAGAACUGAUGUUGAACAGGCUUCUGGUCUUUUACAGCAAACUACUAAGGGGUAUGGAAUUUUCAGACUGGCUGAUAAGAGUGUGGGUAAAUCUGUUAAAGUUAUGACAAAUCUUGUACAGGGAUCAUUGCCUUUACACCAGAAUUUACACUUUCCUCUCCAAGAUUCAUUUUCUGGUGGAGAGAGUGAUGGGACAAGAGAAAAUGGAAUUGUGGGAUAUAAAGAUGGCAGCCAGCUACAGGAUGAACAGAUAAGUGUGACGGGUGAAGAGACAGUGGUAGAAGAUACACAUGUGAUAUCUGAAAUAGAAGGAGAAAACACACAAGCUGUAAUGUUCAUAGAUAACAAUGAAUGUGUAGGAGAGGUUGUAAUUGACCAAGAAACUGUAAUAUAAUGUUAAUAAAUAUGAUAAUAAUUAAAUUUAAAAGAACUAAGAACACUGAUUUGGAUAUUGAGAAUAGAUGACAGUCUAAAAUUCAAAAAUGAUUUAUGUUUGUUCAGUGGUAUUUGGUUGCAACUCUGAACUGUGAUAAACACUGUUCAGUUAAGUAAGUUGACCUCCACAUUUAGUUUUUAGCUCACCUGUCACAAAGUGACAAGGUGAGCUUUUGUGAUCACGCGGUGUCCGUCGUCCAUCGUCCGUGCGUGCGUCCAUAAACUUUUGCUUAUGACCACUCUAGAGGUCACAUUUUUUUGUGGGAUCUUUAUGAAAGUUGGUCAGAAUGUUCAUCUUGAUGAUAUCUAGGUCAAGUUCGAAACUGGGUCACAUGCCUUCAAAAACUAGGUCAGUAGGUCUAAAGAUAGAAAAACCUUGUGACCUCUCUAGAGGCCAUAUAUUUCACAAGAUCUUCAUGAAAAUUGGUCAGAAUGUUCACCUUGAUGAUAUCUAGAUCAAGUUCGAAACUGGGUCACGUGCCGUCAAACACUAAGUCAGUAGGUCUAAAAAUAGAAAAACCUUGUGACCUCUCUAGAGGCUAUAUAUUUCACAAGAUCUUCAUGAAAAUUGGUCAGAACAUUCACCUUGAUGAUAUUUAGGUCAAGUUCAAAACUGGGUCACGUGCCAUCAAAAACUAGGUCAGUAGGUCAAAUUAUAGAAAAACCUUAUGACCUCUCUAAAGGCCAUAUUUUUCAUGGGAUCUGUAUGAAAGUUGGUCUGAAUGUUCAUCUUGAUGAUAUCUAGGUCAAGUUCGAAACUGGAUCAUGUGCGGUCAAAAACUAGGUCAGCAGGUCUGAAAAUAGAAAAACAUUGUGACCUCUCUAGAGGCCAUAUAUUUCAUGAGAUCUUCAUGAAAAUUGGUCAGAAUGUUCACCUUGAUGAUAUCUAGGUCAUGUUCGAAAGUGGGCCACGUGGCUUCAAAAACUAGGUCAGUAGUUCAAAUAAUAGAAAAACCUUGUGACCUCUCUAGAGGCCAUAUUUUUCAUGGGAUCUGUAUGAAAGUUGGUCUGAAUGUUCAUCUUGAUGAUAUCUAGAUCACGUUCGAAAGUGGGUCACGUGCCUUCAAAAACUAGGUCAGCAGGUCAAAUAAUAGAAAAACCUUGUGACCUCUCUAAAGGCCAUGUUUUUCAUGGGAUCUGUAUGAAAGUUGGUCUGAGUGUUCAUCUUGAUGAUAUCUAGGUCAAGUUCGAAACAGGAUCAUGUGCGGUCAAAAACUAGGUCAGUAGGUCUAAAAAUAGAAAAACAUUGUGACCUCUCUAGAGGACAUACUUGUGAAUGGAUCUCCAUAAAAAUUGGUCUGAAUGUUUAUCUUGAUGAUAUCUAGGUCAAGUUUGAAAGUAGGUCAGUAGGUCAGAUAAUGAAAAAAACGUUGUGACCUCUCUAGAGGCCAUAUUUUUCAUGGGAUCUGUAUGAAAGUUGGUCUGAAUGUUUAUCUUGAUGAUAUAAAGGUCAAAUUUGAAACUUGGUCAACUGCGAUCAAAAACUAGGUCAGUAGGUCUUGAAAUAGAAAAACCUUUUGACCUCUCUAGAGGCCAUACCUUUGAAUGGAUCUUUAUGAAAAUUGGUCAGAAUGUUCACCUUGAUGAUAUCUAGGUCAAGUUUGAAACUGGGUCACAUGCUGUCAAUAACUAGGUCAGUAGGUCAAAUAAUAAACCUUGUGACCUCUCUAGAGGCCAUAUUUUUCAAUGGAUCUUCAUGAAAAUUGAUUAGAAUUUUUAUCUUGAUGAUAUCUAGGUCAGGUUCAACACUGGGUCACAUGAGCUCAAAAACUAGGUCACAGUGUCAAAUAAUAGAAAACGAUGUCAUACUCGGUUUAAAACUGGGCCAUAUGGGGACAGGUGAACGAUUCAGGACCAUCAUGGUCCUCUUGUUAUUAUUGGCCGUAGGGAAAAACCGAGACCACUUUUCUGUGGUACAGCAUGGAUGGUACCUCCAAUUUUUAGGUGUAUUUUGACAUAUCUGUACCUUGUAAGAAUUUUUUUUUCUUUUUGGUUAAAUUUCUUCGCUUUGUUGUUCCUGUCCUUUGGACUUAGAUAUUUUUUCUGAGGACCUUCUUGUCCUCAAGUGCUUCUUGUCCUCAAUGAUAACAGGUGAGCAAUAUAGGGCCAUCAUGGCCCUCUUGUUUAAAGUUCUAUUGAGUAAAACAGACAAAGCAACUAAUCAAUGGAGAAUGUGUAUUACCAUAUUUUCCCUAAGUCUUUGGAUACCCUUAAUCUUGAGACACCCCUAAAUCUGUAAAAAUAAUUAUUUUUCAUGUCCCUAAUUUUUUUUGACAUGUAUUUUCUCAGAGUAUUUUUCGUCCCUAAGUGUUGGGACUAUUGGUGUGUACCAAUUCAAGAUGUAAAUCAAGUACCGUUAUUAUGCAUUGUAUGGUGUUGUAUCUAUCAAAAUAUCAAAUAAUUAUAAGAACCAAAGAAUA